AUGAAUAACACGACCGGCUCGGCGCUGGUUGAAGCUGGCAGCUGGCAGGGAGACCCGCCACCGCACCGGGCUGUAACGGGCAGCGUCCUGGCGCUGCUCAUCGUUUGGACGCUUUUCGGGAACUUCACCGUGUGCGCGGCCGUUUUCCGCUACCGCCAUUUGCGCGCUAAAGUUACCAACAUCUUCAUCGUGUCGCUGGCCGUGUCGGAUCUCCUGGUGGCUGUGCUGGUGAUGCCGUGGAAAGCUGUGGCUGAGGUGGCGGGUUUCUGGCCGUUCGGGGGCUUCUGUAAGACCUGGCUGGCCUGCGACAUCAUGUGCUCCACAGCCUCCAUCCUCAACCUGUGCGUCAUCAGCGUGGACCGGUACUGGGCCAUCUCCAGCCCGUUCCGCUACGAGAGGAACAUGAACAAAAAGGUGGCUUUCGUGAUGAUCGGAGUCACCUGGACUGUUUCCGUGGUCAUAUCCUUCGUUCCCGUGCAGCUGGACUGGCACCGUGCGGAGAUGGGUGACCUGACCGGGGAGAAUGUCGCGCCACGUGAGACCCCAGAUCGGAGCUGUGACUCCAGCCUGAACCGCACUUACGCCAUAUCCUCCUCCCUCAUAAGUUUCUACAUCCCCGUUCUUAUCAUGAUCGUCACGUACACCCGGAUCUACCGGAUAGCCCAGACGCAGAUCCGGGUGAUAUCGUCCUUGGAGAGAGCGGCGGAGCACGCGCAGAGCUGCCGUUCCUCCGUACCUGAGCUGUUUCCGGACGCGUGCACGGAAACCGGUGCCAAUUCAUUCCAGUCUCACGUCGGUGUCGACGCGGACCCCCAGUGCCCCAGCCAGACGCACCGCGAGCUGAAAGUCUCCAUCAGAAAAGAGACCAAAGUGCUGAAAACUCUCAGCAUCAUCAUUGGCGUGUUCGUCUGCUGCUGGCUGCCGUUCUUCGUCUUGAACUGCGCCCUGCCUUUCUGUCCCGGGCCGGGGGCCCCCAGGGCGCAGCGGGGGGCUUACUGCGUCAGCGAAAAGACUUUCGACGUGUUCGUGUGGAUCGGCUGGAGCAACUCGUCUCUGAACCCGGUCAUUUACGCGUUCAACGCGGACUUCAGGGACGCCUUCCUGCGCCUGCUGCGCUGCCGCGGCCGCGGCCUCUGGACCGCCAUGAGCGCCGCCGUGGAGACCAUGAUGGCCAGCAACGAGACCGGAAACCAGAGGCGGGACAGCCAGCUGCCCAAGGCCAAGCUGAGCAUCUCCGCCAACGCCAGAGGAAGCCAGGACAGCGGGAACACGACGGGGGCCGUGUUUUACCGCAGGGGGGACAGACCCGAGCAAGCCGCGGACACUGAGGAAAGAUGCGACAAAGACAAACUGACGCACAUCCCAAUAUAG